AUUUUGAGUUCUCAACCAGACACAAAAUUACCUCUCUCAUUGUCUCUCCCUCUCCCUCUCCCUCCUGAAUCUAGGGUGCCAAACACAAAAUCACCUCUCUCGACGAAACCCAUCUGCGUGACGGAGCCAGCCUUCUCGAGCCCCAUCUUUGCUCCACUCCACCACGCCGAAAGCCCCAAAAAAAUGUUCACAAGAAGAAAGUGACAGUUUGACACCUGGAAUAUGAAGCGGAAGCGCGGGCACAAGAAAGGAAAGCCAAAAGGGCCUCCUGUGGUGGUUAAGAAUGAGGCAUUUGUAAAUGCUGUGAGCGUAAAUACGGAAGAUAAUUCUGGUUUGGAUGGGUAUGGUAAUGGUACCAAAUAUGACUCUGGAAUGGAGGUUGAUACGCCUUCUUCAACCGGGACUGAUCAGCCACAUAAUGUUGCAAGUAUUAAGCCUGAUGGUUCAAUUGAUAAGGCAGUGGGAAAGUCAGUUGGACGUGUAAAGGUGAAGCUGAGGACAAGUAAGACGUUGGAAUCUCAACAUACUUCUUCUGAUGCACCCACGCAAAGUGAUACAGAUAAGAGCAGCCAGCAACUUGGUUUGGAAAGACAAGGCAUGGGUAUGGAGAAAAUGGAGGAUAGUGCAAACUCAUUGCCUAUUAGUGUUUUGGGAAAUCCAGCUAAAAGAGCUGGGAGUAUCAAGAUUAAGUCGUCAAAGGUCUUGGGCAAUUCAGGUGGUUAUCAGAAUAGUAGUGCUGUAGUGGCACAGGGUGAGAACCCACACCAGGAGGAACCAAAGGUACUUCAUCAGGAUACUCGAUAUAUUAAACAAGAACUAGACACUGCCUUGAUGGUGAUAAAGAAGGUAAUGAAAAUGGAUGCGGCCGAACCCUUCAAUGUCCCUGUGGAUCCUAUAGCUCUGGGAAUUCCUGAUUAUUUUGAUGUCAUAGAUACACCGAUGGAUUUUGGAACGAUAUGCAGCAAUCUUGAAAAUGGCAUCAAGUACAUGAGUUCGGAGGAUGUGUAUAAGGAUGUACAGUACAUUUGGGAAAACUGUAAUAGGUAUAACAAUAAGGGUGACUAUAUUUUGGACCUUAUGCGCCGGGUGAAGAAGAAUUUCAUGAAGUAUUGGACAGCUGCUGGUUUAUAUGGUGAACAACUGCGAGGAACCAAGGGGGUUGAAAGCAUCCAAGUGGAGGACGUUGCGCUGUCUAGUCUGGGAAAAGUUCCAGUGAAAGGUGGUCAAUCAAAGCAGAAGACAGGAAAACGUCAUGGAAGGCGCCAUAAAAGUGAUUGUUUAUGUGCAAUAUGUGUUCUAAAGCGCCGCAGGAAGGAGCGUGAGGAGAAUGCUCGACUUGCUAAAGGCCAUAUUGGAGCUACUGAUAAUAAUUAUGCUCACGAGACCAAGCAAGAGAAAUCUCUUAUUGUGGAAAGCCCUUGUGCUGAAGAUUCAUCAUCCAAUGCUGAAUCACUGGAUACAGAUGCAAAUGCGGAGGUAGAAGAGAAAGUAGAGGAAGUGAAAAUGGAGGUUAUGGAGAAGAAGCUUAACACUUCAGAGGAGAAGCAUGGGAAGGAGGAGGAAGAGGAGGAGGAAGAGGAAGAAGAAGAGGAGGAAGAAGAAGAGGAGGAAGAGGAGGAAGAGAAUGAGAUGGAGAUUCAAAAGAAAGAUGGGAAUGAAAUGCCAGAGCAGCCAAAGUUUGGUGAUAGAUCAGGGGAGGACCUCGAUAGACAACCUAAGCUAAGAAUUGUGGAGAAGUCUGGAGUUGGGGUCCUAAUUGAUACACAGAAAGAAGAUUCAUUAAUGAGACAUGAUGCCAAAAGUGCAGCGGUUCAGCAACAGAAGCAUAAGGAAUCACUAGAAAAGCACAAAAAGGUUGAAGCGUUAAAGAACUUCCAUCUUGAAAAUCCUGUUCUCUUGGACUUAUGUGGAAUUCUAUUCCCUGACAACCAGAAAUCUGUCUGGAGUGGACCCCAUUCGCUUAAUCAGCAUCAUCAUUCUGCACGUACUAGUACCAUCCGUGCAGCGAUUCAGACGUUCAUGAAGUAGUUAAUGCAUGUAUAUCUGUCCUAUCUAACUGUUGUAUCAGUCACUGGGAUCUGAGUGUGUGUGUUCGUAAAUGUUACCACACGGACUUGAGGACAAGGAACGAAAGGAACAGUCGCUGUUUUGAGGACAAGGAGCGAUCUCCGGAAGGCUUUAGGGAUUUUUUUUAUCACACUUUAGUGCUAUGGGCAUCCUCUAUUGUAAUGAAUGACACUUCUUUUAUUGAACUUUACGCUGCCCUUCGCAGCUCUUAGCCUGUAGCAAGGCUCUUUGUAUACCCCCUGUGUACUGGGGCCUUGCCCUUUUCUUAUUCUAAUAUAUCUCUUUUUACUUAUAAAAAAAAAAUGUUACCACACGGACUUGGCGUUCAGAGGAGAAUGAAAGUGCAGGAUUGCAUGAAAUUGAGUCUAAUGAAAAA